GUAAGGGGGCCGAAGUAGUAUUUUUACAGUGAGAGACAGAAAGGGAAAGGCUAAUGCUUGAAACACUGGCGAGCAGAUACUCAGCAUCUCCUCCAGACAAUGGACAAGGCUGGCUAGCUCAAGUUCAUUAUAAACUACACUUAGAAAGCGCGCCUGAGCUCUGUGUGUGGACUCGGAGCCGCCUUCGCAGUCAAAGAGUCGUCUGGUUUCAACAGUCUCCAGUCAAGCUACACGGCCCAAACAGAGUCUAAGAUGCCCUAGGCGGUGAGGAAGGAAAUGUAAAUGGCUUCCAAAGUAAAAGAUGCUGUGGUGUGGUACCAGAAAAAGAUUGGCGCCUAUGACCAACAGAUAUGGGAGAAAUCAGUGGAGCAGAGAGAAAUAAAGUUUAUUUCUCUGGGCUUGAGGAACAAGCCAAAGAAGACGGGACACGUUAAACCAGAUCUCAUCGAUGUGGACUUGGUUAGAGGGUCUGCGUUUGCCAAGGCCAAACCUGAGAGUCCAUGGACGUCACUGACCCGGAAGGGCAUCGUUCGAGUCGUCUUCUUCCCGUUUUUUUACAGAUGGUGGAUCCAGGUCACCUCCAGGGCCAUUUUCCUCUUACUGCUGGCACUCUAUCUGCUGCAAGUCGCUGCAGCAUUCCUGUAUGUGACCAUCCCGCAGCCUCAUGGGAUACCGGCCACCGAGGUGUUUGAAGCCAUCUUGCUCAUGUUGCUGCUGGGCACCGUCCACUGUCAGAUUGUCUCCACCAGGACCCCGAAACCUGCCUCCAGCAGUGGGGGGAAGAGACGCAGGAAGUUGAGGAAGGCAUCUCAGAUGGAGGUGCAUAGGGAAGGCGACGGGUCUAGCACUACCGAUAACACACAGGAGGGGGCGCCACACUCCCACUCAGCCAGCACCACAUACAGCCUGGGCGCUUUCUUCCAAGAUUUCUGGCAUGAUAUCUGUAAAGCUGGGUCCAAGAAGUCCAAGCUUUCCAUCGAUAAAUCCACAGAAACGGACAACGGCUACGUGUCGCUGGAUGGCCGCGUGACCAAUCGCAGUAGCGAGGAGGGGCUCCAGCUCCACGAGCAGCGAUGCGAUUUGUUAAAUAGGGCUGACGAGGUGUGUUGGAACCCGCACACACAGCCUGCACACGGUCACGCUGCCCGCAACAAUGGACUGCUGCUGGCCGGUGGUAAUAAGGAGCCGGCGUCAGAUGAGGCUUCCAGUGAGGAGGACCCUGAAGCGUCCUACAGCGCCCUCCGCAGGGGAGUGGAAAGAAUGAACAGUGACUGUGCACUCCGAAAUCGCAAGAAUACGCACCACUAUAAGAAACACUACACUGUGGAGGAUGUCCCAAAGUCUGGUACCAGCUGCAGCUCCAGAUGUUCAAGUCUGAGGACUCAGGAUUCAGAGAGUACUCGACACGAGUCUGAGACCGAGGACCUGAUGUGGGAGGACUUCCUGCACUGCACUGAGUGCCGAUCGUCCUGCACGUCAGAGACAGAGGGAGAAGGAGGAGGAACGCCUGUGUGUCCGGCCAAGAAGGAGUACAGAGACGACCCUUUCCAUCAGGGUCACCUUCCCUGGCUGCACAGCUCCAACCCAGGCCUGGAAAGGGUGAGCGCCAUCGUGUGGGAGGGAAACGAGUGCAAGAAAGCAGACAUGUCUGUCCUGGAGAUCAGCGGCAUGAUCAUGAACAGAGUGAAUCUUUACACUCCUGGAAUCGGUUACCAGGUCUUUGGGAACCUAGUUUCAGUAGCGCUUGGGCUCACACCCUUUGCUUACAGACUGGCUCAGUACCGUGACUUGGAUCAGUUGACCACUCUCUCAGCCAAUGAGCUUCUGUCUGUGGCGCUGGGGUGUGGGUCUGGUUCAGAUGUCCUGGUAAUCACCAUGGUGACGCUCAGCUUCCUGGUGCGCGUUUGCCUUAUCUGGCUCUUCUUCUUCCUGCUCAGCGUAGCAGAGAGGACAUACAAACAGAGACUUCUGUUUGCCAAACUUUUUGGUCACCUGACUUCGGCCCGCAGAGCGAGGAAGUCUGAGGUCCCACAUUUUAGGCUGAAGAAAGUUCAGAACAUCAAGAUGUGGCUGUCGCUACGCUCCUACCUCAAGAGACGGGGUCCUCAGCGUUCGGUGGAUGUCAUUGUAUCGUCUGCUUUCCUGCUCACGUUGUCAGUCGUCUUCAUCUGCUGUGCUCAGUUGCUCCAUGUCCAUGAAACGUUCCUGGACUGUCACUAUAACUGGGAGCUGGUGAUCUGGUGCUCCAGUCUGACUCUGUUCCUGCUCCGCUUCGUCACUCUGGGCUCGGAGACCAGCAAGAAGUAUAGCAACACCUCCAUCCUGCUCACUGAACAGAUUAACCUGUAUCUGAAGAUGGAGAAGAAGCCAAACAAGAAGGAGGAGCUGACACUGGUCAACAAUGUUUUAAAACUGGCAACCAAACUACUCAAGGAGUUGGAUACUCCGUUCAGGUUGUACGGUUUGACGAUGAACCCUCUGCUCUACAACAUCACCCAGGUGGUCAUCCUGUCUGCUGUGUCGGGAGUCAUAUCUGACCUGUUAGGAUUUAACCUGAAGCUGUGGAAGAUCAAAUCAUGACAGUGGACUGAGAAACGGCGUCAACACUUCACUCUCACUGACUGGCUGAACGCUCGUCCGACUGGCCCGACCCACCGAGAGACCGAGCCUCAGCCUCGACAUAUCAGAGUGCUUUGACCUUCAACGUUUCCACUUUGUGCAAUUCACAGACUAUUUAUUUACCCAUUCAGUGUUUAUACCUAGGCUUUAUUUGAAUUCUAGUUUCUUUCAUGUUUUUGUGUUUUGUGACACAAAGUUCGGUUUUUACCUGUCAACAAAAGUGUUAUGAGUGUUUCCCCUAGGUUACUGCUUUGGAGGGGAGACUUCUCGCUUGUUUGUUUUUUCCUCCCCCCUGCUCUAAAGCAAAUCUCCCCUGUCGUUUUAGACGGAUCAAGACUUGUUGGGAUGCUUUUUGCAUUUACACACAUGAAGUUGGCUUCAACAGGAGUAACGUUAUCUUCACAAACAAACAAAAACACAGUAGUGUGCUUAUUUCCCCCUCCCCCACAUUUUUUUUCCUCUUGCCCCCCCCCCAGUUGUUGGUAGGGGGAACGCUGUGUGAACAUAAAUUAUUAUUAAGUGAUGGUUGAGGUUCUCAGCUCGAUCUGCAGCUUUUCAUUUUAACUCAUUUGCAGGCAAAAAUAUUUUAUUGUAUUUUUUCCCUUUUUUUUUCUUUUUUUUUUUUGCUUAAACUGAAUGUUAUUUAUAUGUUGAGUUUCAAAACAAAACAGAUUUUAAAAAAGCAAACGUUAGUCCAGUGGUUUUAUUCAAACAAACUGAGUUCGUCAAACAUUUUUUAAUUUUAUUACAAACAAAUACUGAAGGUGUAACAUGCUCUUUAAGAUAGAUAAAUGCUCCACACGGACACCUUUAGAUCAAGCUGCUAACUGGUUGGGUUAAAAACAUUGCUGGUGUCUUGCACCUGUUCACACUGAGGCCACAUGCAAAUAUCUCUUAAGGGAAGUUAACAGUUCCAUUCUCCAGGUAUUUAAAAGCAAAACAAAACUAGAGAGCAGAUGACAUUUACCAAAACCAAAAGGGAGAAAAGCGACACGGCCGCAGACGUGUGAACAGAAAGAAGACUGAACAUGUCUACAGUUAUUCUUCACUAUUAGACGGCGUGACCUGAAGCAAGACCUUUCAAUUUUUGCUCCAGUUUAAUAUUACGAGCCUCAUCAGUGGUUUCAGGAGCAUUUCCAGCAAUACGCGAGUAGAUGGUAACACUUCCCUCAGAGAGCUGACACAGCAUCUACUGUGUCCGUUAAAUUUGCAGGUAAACUGGUUUCAAACGGCUCGACGGUGUCACCCGUCGGCUUUCUUUGUUCAGAACACAUGCAAAGCCACGUGUGCUUUAUUUCCCAAAGGGCCGCAUGAGAAACACUGUCGUGGAGGGCUGCACCAAUAAGCUGAACUCAAGUCUGCUCAGUAUUUUCUCUCUUUAAGCUGCAACUGAUAAGAGUAGAUGUUACAGUUAGGCAAUAAAAAUGUGAAGUGGGGAUAGUAGAAAGGCCAACAUUUUAUUGUUGUUUGAUUUCAACAUUCCCCAAAACUGAAAAUAAGUCUAAAGUUAUACAAAGUGCUACUGCUACUUUGCUGGUAGUUUAAUUAAUGGAGCUUUUCAGUUCUUGUUUCUUGUUCAGUGAGAGAGAUCCAGUCGGUUUUGGGCCUAAACAAGUGCAUUAAAGUCAGAUUCAGUAUCUGAUAUUUAUUUUAACACUUUGCCCAGACUGAGCCACCUGGCAGCUGUGUGGUAGCUAUGUCCUCUGAAAGUAGAACAAACCAUUUUAGUUGCAACAUCAAC